UUGAAAUUUUUAUAAAAUUAGAGGCAUACAAAUUGCAUUUCAGCCCUGUGGUUAGUUAAUAUGACUCCAAGUCUCCGACUCCGAGGUUAAUGCAAAUAUAUUGCGGAAAGUCUUACUCGAUUCAGUGUCCAUUUUGAAAGUUGCGUCUGUUUUCAAAAAUUGAAGCGAAUUAAGUUAAGCGACAAUGGUUUGGCUUGCCAUGACAAGGUGGUGGAGAACCCAUGUAACUCUACGACUGUUCAGCUUACUCUCGCUGGGUCAAGCUGUUUCUGCAAUCAUGGCAGUUAUGAGCCUCACUUCCUCUCUCAUAGCCGAUCUGGGUGUUAAUGCCCCGCUUUCUCAGAGUAUGUUCAACUACUUAGCCUUAGCCUUGGUUUAUGGAAGCAUUUUGAUUUUCAGGCGUCAGAAAACUCUGAUUCCUUGGUAUUGGUAUUUACUGUUAGGUUUUGUUGAUGUUCAAGGGAAUUAUUUGGUUAAUGAAGCGUACCAGUAUUCAUCCAUUACCAGUGUGACUUUACUGGACUGUUGGACGAUACCUUGGGCCAUGAUACUAACUUGGUUCAUCAUUGGCACUAGAUAUUCCAUAGGGCAGUAUUUUGGUGCGGUCCUAUGUGUGCUAGGUCUUGGCUUAGUCCUACUCUCUGACGCUGGGAUUGCUGGAGGAGGCGGGACGAAACCCAUCUUAGGUGAUGUACUUGUCAUUGGAGGGACCCUUUUCUAUGCAAUGAGCAAUGUUGGUGAGGAAUUUUGUGUCAAGAAAAAAGAUCGUGUUGAAGUGGUUGCCAUGAUUGGUGUUUAUGGAUUCUUAGUCACCGUCGUUGAAGCAUCCAUAAUUGAAUUGAAGAAUGUGGAAUCUAUUGAAUGGUCUACCGAUUUAGUACUUUCUUUGGUGGGCUAUACUGCAUCAAGCUUCUUGUUUUACACACUUGCUCCUUUUGUUUUAAAGUUGAGUGGAGCUGCCAUGUUCAAUCUAUCUCUUCUUACAUCUGACAUGUGGGCAGUGGUUUUUAAAAUCUAUUUGUAUCACCAGAAGGUGGACUGGCUGUACUUCCUCUCCUUCGCAAUCGUUGUUAUAGGGCUUGUCAUUUAUUCUACAACAGAGAAGGACCAUGUUGCUGCGCCAAGUAUUGAGAAUGGGAGUGUGGAUGCAGAAUACCAAGUGCUUCAAGAUGAAAGCACAGAAAGUAGAAACGAGUCUUCGGGUUGAUGAAGAAAGUAACAUGUUGCUGGUUAAAGAGUGAACUACACAUCAUUAUGUGAUUGAAUUUUCAGUAUGCUGCUUGGGAUGGACGGUGGAGAUGUCAUUCAUGGCGACCGAGAGGCUAAAUUUUGAUAACAGUUGAGUUUUUGAUGUUAGGAUUUAACAUUAUAAUUUCCUUUUUCUUUUUUUAAUAAUAGUUAUCUAUGUCUCAGUUAUUCAGAAUAAGAUUUUUUUUCUUUUAGGACUGCAGUUUGUCAUAUCACCUGUAUGGUAAUGCAUAAGACUUAUCAUUGCUUCUUUCUCAUUUGAA